AUGCCUAAAUAUUUUAUGGAGCUGUUCUUGAUGCCCAAAACGACCUCUGCUGCCUCGCCUAGUAUCAUCUACUUCAAUAGCUCAGGUGUCACCGUGGCGGGCUGGAGGGAGAUCUGCAAGAGCCCGCUGCCGUGUGUUGGUCUGGUUGAUGUCGCUGAGGGAUUCGUCCCCCACACAGGGAGAUCCUGGUACGUUGGCCUCAACAGCCUGUCCCUGUCCGGCGUGACCGCUGCUGCCUCGAGCUCACACCGCUCCACCGCCCGGCACGCGCCCGUCACGGAGCGCUUGACGAGCAGACGGGAGUCGUCUGUAAACUACAUUCAGGCGACCGCAUCUCCUGACGUCGUCGUCGACUCGCUCCCACCACCAGCAGACGAUAUACCAAACGAGCUGCCUCCGAUCGUUUUAUCCGACGAACCCAGCCUGAAAAUGUUCAACAACUCCCCACCUAGCUCGCCCCUGUCCCGGUUCGCUUCCUCGCCCCCUAGCAGCGCCUCAAACCUGUUUACCCUCAACCACCAAGAAGCCGCGGCCAUGGUCCGCGACGUCCAGAAAGACGAAGACUCCCGCCACUGCUACAUCCUCAACCUUAAACUUCGACCUUUGUUCAGCGAUGACGUCAUAUCCGGCUCGUGUCUCCGGAAGGUACCCCGCCUCGUCAACGGGAUUCCCCUGGGCGCCGGGUACCUCUCCCGCGACCAGCUCGGCGCCAUCAAGUGGCGUCUGCUGGAGGGCGGGAACUCGGAGCUGACCUUCAUCUCGACCCCGCUCUUGAGGGAGGAGGCCGAGGAGUGCCGGAACACCCUCCGGGACCGGCUGGUCAAGCAGGCCCAGGCGGUGUUCGGUGACGUCACGGUCAAGGCCAAUCUGACCCUCUCCAGGUGUUUGGACUUUGGGGAAGAUUUUCUCCUCAAUGAUAUAGCGGUCAACGUAGGGGAGGGGUUGCAGUUCAGGGACUGACCUUUGGUUAGGUUAGGUUAGGUUAAGUUGGUUAGGUUAGGUUGGGUUGGGUUAGAUUAGGUUAGGUUAGGUUACGUUAGGUUGGGUUGGGUUAGAUUAGGUUAGGUUGGGUUAGGUUAGGUUAGGUUGGGUUAGGUUGGGUUAGGUUGGGUUAGGUUAGGUUAGAUUAGAUUAGGCUA